CUUGUUUUUUGUGUACUCUGUGCUGCAUGCCAAAUUUCUCCAUUCUGCACUCUAACCAAGUUUGAUUAUAAAAUUAUUCAGUAACCGAUUUAAAAGUUAAUCAUGGAUGAAGAUAUGAUUUUUGAUCCGUCUUUAAAGAAAAAAAAGAAGAAGAAGACUGGUUUUGAUAUAGAUUCUACGCUUGCUGGUGAGCAAAAUGAAACCACGAGUAUCGAAGCACCUGCGGAGUCCGGUGACGUCGACGUGCCUGAGGAUGACAACCUCGACUUAGAUAAUUUUGGCAAAAAGAAGAAGAAAAAAAAGAAGACUUUUUUUAAUUUGGAAGAGAUAGAAAGUGCUCUCCCUGAGACAAGAGACGAAAAGCCUCCUGCCGAAGAAUCGGAGCCUCAUGGGGAAAAAGUAAUUGACGAUUUAGAUCUGGAUAUAGAUUUCUCUAAAACCAAAAAAAAGAAAAAGAAGAAAAACAUUGAUGAACUUGUGAUUGAGGACGAUGUGAAGGGAGACGAUCAAGAGAAAGAGGAGGAUAUGCAUGGAGAUUGGGUCGGCGGCGACCGGGAUUAUACGUAUGACGAACUACUUGAACGUGUAUUUGAUAUUAUGAGAGAAAAGAACCCGAGUAUGGUAUCUGGCAAGAAACAAAAAUUCAUUAUGAGGCCUCCUCAAGUAGUAAGAAUUGGUACAAAAAAAACAUCAUUUGCAAACUUUACGGAAAUUUGCAAAACUCUUCACCGUCAGCCUAAACAUUUACUAGACUUUUUACUCGCGGAAUUGGGAACUAGCGGCUCUGUUGAUGGUAACAGUCAACUAAUUAUUAAAGGUCGCUUCCAGCAGAAACAAAUAGAAAAUGUUUUGCGUCGAUAUAUAAAGGAAUAUGUAACAUGUCAUACAUGCCGCUCUCCAGAUACUAUUUUACAAAAAGAUACCAGAUUGUUCUUCCUUCAGUGUGAAACUUGUGGUUCCCGCUGCUCUGUAGCCAGUAUCAAGUCUGGUUUCCAGGCCGUCACAGGAAAGAGAGCAGCCAUGCGUGCAAAGACUGCAUAGAUUGUUAGUGCUUAGUGAUAAUCAAUUUUAUGAUUGAAGAUCCAGGGUACAGUCAGUUAUUUCCCUUUCAUAUAGCUUUUAUAUAUUGUAAAUUUCAAUUGUUUAUUUCAGCUGUAAAUCUGGUGCUGAUGUGAAUUUAUCUUUAAUUUAUCAGAAAUGCAAGUGUAUAGUUUUGUAUUUAGAUUUUGUUGCUUUAACAUCAAUAGGGUUUGUAUUGAAUUGUAAUAUACUCUAUCAAUAUACAUAUUUAAUUAUUUAUAUUAAGUCAAUAAGAGCAUAUUGUUAAUUAUUUCCUGGCACACAUGAAAUUUGUCACAAUGAUGAUUUUACCAUUCAGUUGCAGGAACAACUAAAUUGAAAUUCUGGAUGUACCCUAUAUUAAACUAUAUUUAUGUAUAGCUCACUUCUGUAUUAUUCUCAUUGGUACACAAUGUUUUUAAAAAUGUUGUUUUAU